CAAAACGGAAAAAGAGGAACUUCCGCUCUCAGCAUUUUCAAACACGCGCUUUCGUAUGACGCUGAACAAUCCCACAACAUUACCGCUGAUGAAAAAGAUGAGAGGUCGCUUGAGUUUGGUGCUGCUGGGGCUCCUCGCCGCCAUCAACACUAUCCAUGCAGCGCUAAUUAAUGUUAUUAUGUCGAAUGAUUCAUUUGGGUCCAUCGAUCUCAAAUUGCUACAUGAGCAAGUCCAGACUCUGACGACGCAGGCGAGACUUUCAGACGCUCUUCUCAAACCGCUGCUUGAAACAGUGGACAAAGUGGCGGACGAGUUGAAGGCCUUGAAUCAAGAGCCGACGGCGGCGAGCAACACCAACGACACCAUCAACCUUGAUUGCGAAGUUUGGAAAAAUGAAGAUUUGAUCGACCACAUACAGCAGAGGAUUUCCACUUUGGAAAACGAGAAAAUCAAUUUAUUAUUGAAUUUGCUCCAACUGACAUACGAAGAAAACGAGUCGCUGUAUGGAAAAUAUCGAAAUGCAAGUCGGCAGCAGCUCUUGAAACGUCAAGGAAAAUUUUGGGAAUUCCAAAUUUCAGUCAACUGCACACUUGCUGAUCGUCAUGCUCCAAAAUUGAUGCAAUUGUCCAACGGAAAAAAAUAUUUCUUUUCCUAUCCAGCAGUUUAUGGAAAUUGGAGUGAGGCCGACGAAAAGUGCAAGGGGAUGGGCCUUCACCUGGCCACAAUCAGGGAUGAAGUCGACCUGAACUCGAUUAGAUUAGAAGCGAUGAAAAAGAAAAAAAAUUUCGGUUGGUGGUGGUUGUCAGCAAAGAAUUAUGGAAAUUCCAUUAGAACACACUUUCUCUGGCUCGACGGCUCAGAGUUGGAGGAAAGCAGCGCCUUGUGGAGUGCGAAUGCCGACAAAAAGGAGUGCGUCUCUUUCAUCGCCGACCCUAACAAAAAGCUGCAGGGUUCGCCUUGCACUUUAAAAGCGUUUUUUAUUUGCGAGUAUCCGGCCGAAUGUUCCUGCUCCAAGAAAAGUGACUAA